CGCUGGAGGUUAUAGGAAUGUCACUACUUGCCCGAAGUGUCCUUCUCAUGUAAGAGAAGAGAUUAGAGAGUUCGUGUCAAAAAAAAAGACACAAAAAGAAGAAAUGAACAUGUUGCCUGAUUUCGAUGACAUGGACAUGGAAGAUGAAGAUGAAGAUGUCGUUGAGAUCAAUGUCAAUCAACACCGUAAGUUGACAAGUAGUAGCCAAGGUUCAUCCAAAUCCAAAUCAAAAUAAAAAAUGCCAAAGAGAAAAGGGCCCAUGGAUGUUUACUUCACACCCAAUCCUGAAUCAAUGGUGAAAAAUCGAAGAGACCAAGCAAAAGGGAAACAAACCAAAAUUGAUGCAAAUGACCCUUACAAAAAAGAAAUGAGAGCUCGGGCAAUACAAAGAUUUGCAAGGUGGAUGUAUGAUGCUGGUAUCUCUUUUAAUGUAGUAAAUUAUGAGAGUUUUGGACCAAUGAUUGAAGCCAUUGGCCAAUAUGGUCCUAGUAUGAAGCCACCGACUUACCAUGAAAUGCGGGUUACCCAACUCAAAAAAAAAAUGAAACAUACUGAAAAUUUGAUGAAGAAUCAUAAAGAGGAUUGUGCAAAAUACGAGUGUUCCAUAAUGGCUGAUGGUUGGACUGAUAAGAGAGGAAAGACAUUGAUUAACUUUUUAGUUAAUUGUCCAAGAGGAACCAUGUUUGUUGAGUCGGUUGAUGCUUCUAGCUAUUCAAAGGAUGGGCAAAAGCUAUUUGAAUUACUAGACAAGUUUGUGGAGAAAGUUGGAAAAGAGAAUGUGGUGCAAGUUAUCACUGAUAGUGCUGCAGCUAAUGUGUUGGCGGGGAGGUUUUUGGAAGCUAAAUAUGAACACUUGUAUUAG